CUACAGACAAAAAGGCACCAGCUGACCAGUGCUCUUCACGUCGAGGAUGUCCACACUACCAAGUGCAAACCUGAGCUUCUCUACGUUCCUGCUGACCGGCUUCCCAGGACUAGAGUGGGCGCACCGGUGGAUCUCACUGCCGAUUUCUGUAGGAUACCUAGUGGCCCUUGUGGGUAAUGUCACUAUCUUGCAUCUGGUGAGAACUGACUCUUCCCUCCACCAGCCCAUGUACUACUUCCUGGCCAUCCUGGCUGUGACGGACUUGGGCUUGUGCAUGUCCACGCUGCCCUCCGUGCUGGGCGUGCUGUGGUUCGAUGUGCGGACGGUGCGCCUGGUGCCCUGUGUUCUGCAGCAGCACUUCCUCCACUCCUUCUCCUUCAUGGAGUCCGCCGUGCUGUUUGCAAUGGCUGUGGACCGCUUGGUGGCCAUCCGAUUCCCACUGCGCUAUGCAUCUGUACUCACGGGUCCUCGCGUGGCCUUGGCUGGGGCUGUCCUGGGCAUGCGGAGUGCCGCCAUCACUGCUGCGCCCUCACUGCACCUACUGAAAUUUGACUACUGCCACCCUGGGGCGCUCUCUCAUGCUUACUGUCUUCACCAGGACAUGAUCCGCCUGGCCUGCUCUGACACACGUUUCAACAGGCUCUACGGGCUGUGCAUCAUCAUGCUAGCCAUGGGCUCAGAUGUCCUUUUCAUCCUGCUCUCCUACACCAUCAUCCUCCGCACUGUGCUCGCCAUCGCCUCCGCAGGAGAGCGGCUCAAGGCCCUCAACACCUGUAUCUCCCACAUCCUGGCAGUGCUCUGCUUCUAUGUGCCAGUGCUAGGCCUGUCCAUUGUGCACAGAUUCGGCCGCCACACCUCACCCCUGGCUCACAUCCUCAUGGGCACCGUCUCUGUGCUCUUCCCGCCCCUGAUGAACCCAGUUAUCUACAGUGUCAAGACCCAGCAGAUCCGCAGGGCCAUUCUCAAGGUGGUUUCACUGGGGAAGAUAAAGUGA